AUGGGAAGUCUACGGAAUGCCCAGCCACACGGGACACACUGUCUUCGCCCAGGGUCUGGAGCAGAAGUCACCCAGGAGUGCCGCACCUGCAGCGCAGCCGGGCCCGGCCAGGACGCCCCCGCCACGGAGCCGCCAACAGCAGGCGGUAGGAGGGGGUGCCCGCUGCUGCCCGCCUCCAGGUGCCAGCAGCAUCGCUCGCGCUGCUCGGGACAACGGGAAGAAACUCUAGGCACCGCCAAGGGUCCCCUGGGGGCCCAAGUUGCCCUCGGCCCCUUCAAGAACCAUCGCUGCACGUGA